CUGGGACAGAAGACAUCCUCUAGUCACGACGAGCAAGAUAGUGGUAUCGAAGAAGCAACGAUGGCUCCUACAAUGGACUUGACUACAUUGAUCUUCUCCCGGCCGCCUAUUGAUCCAGACGCACCGAUUCUGACCGAUGUCGAUAUCCAUGGCCGAACCAUUACCUGGAAUCAGUACGCAACAACCGUCAAAAGCGUGGCAACCGGACUUCGUCAAGCAGGUUUCCAAUAUCAAGACUGUGCCGCUCUUCUCUCAGACAACGACAUCUACUUCUAUGUCCUCGGAGACGCCGUAAUCGCUGCCGGUGGCGUAUUCGGUGCCAUGCAGACGUCUGUGAAACCCGCAGAAAUUCAGCACCAGCUGCAAGUUGCCGCGGUCAAGUGGUUGUUUGUCUCGCCUCGCUACUUGAGUCUUGCUUUGGAGACUGCGAAAGAGGCCGGUUUGAGUGAGGCUAAUAUUAUCGUUUUUGACCCUCCUGGAACGCAGAAAUAUGCUGGACCAAGGAAUUGUAUGAGUCGCUUGCUGGAGACGGAUGGGAAAGGUUGGCUUAACCCCAAUGUGGGUAAAGAUCCUCACAGCAUUAUGGCGUAUCGCAUGUUCAGCAGUGGCACAACGGGAUUCCCCAAAGCUGUCAACAUAUCACAUGCAGCACAUACCGUCAGACUAGACCGGCCUGAACUCACAGCCGACAUGCGCAUCACACCACUAAACAACCUCAUCGUGAUUCCCGUCUACCACCUCACAAGCCUCAUGACAUGCCACCGCGCCAUCAUCGGUCUCCAAAAGACAUUCAUCACCGCAGCGAAAGACUCCGCCGACGUCGUCACCAUUAUAGAUUUAAUCCAACAGUACCAAAUCGCCAACAUAUUACUCCCCCCUCGAUUCCUCGACCCCAUCGUCCAAGUCAUCCACUCCGGCACCAGACCCCUCUCAGCCCUCUCAGCCCUCUCAAGCGUCCGCAUCGCCGGCUCCGCCACCGAUCCUCUUGCCGCAGCCCGCUUUCGAGAGACAUUUCCCCACAUUGCCUUUCGCGUCUCCUACGGCACCACCGAGCUAGGCUUCGUAGUCCGCCAACCCGGUCCACAAGAUUUCCUCCCGGGCUUCGUAGGCCAUCUCGCCUCCGACGUCGAAAUGAAAUUCAUCAAUCCAGAAACUUUACAGAAAAUCCCCUUCACAUCGCAGUUCGAAAAUGGGGAAAUCUGUGUUCGAGGUCCGCAGCUAUUCAGCGGAUAUCAUAAUUCUCCCGACGCGACUCGAGCGUCCAUGUUGCCAGACCCCGAGGGCGAUUGGUUUCGAACGGGUGAUAGGGGAUAUGUGGAUGCGCAAACGGGUCAAUUGGCGAUUACGGGGCGCUAUAAAGGAAUUUUCAAAGUCGCGAAUAAUAUGGUUUCGCCCGAGGAGGUGGAGAGAGUUUUACUCGCGCAUCCUGCUGUUGAAGAUGCGGUGAUUGGACCGAUUCCGGCUCGAUAUGAUGCGAAUGAAUUCGAGGUGCGAGCGUAUGUCGUGUUGAAGAAGAAGAAGGACGACGCGGAAUCUACAGUGACAGCGCAAGAACUUGCACAGUUUGUCGCUGCGAGAUUAUCCCAGCACAAAGUCCCCACCGGCGGAGUAAUUUUUUGUGAGGAAAUUCCUCGAAAUGCGAUGAAGAAGGUGAUUAGAAGACAAGUGGUUGAUGUGGUUCCGAUGAAGGGCUCGGAGACGUGGAUUCAAUUAUCUUCAGAAUCUACC